UGGCCCCCUAGCAACACGUGACGCUACUAGUUCCCCUCUUUCAGCAUGUGCAUUUGCCGUUGUAAUUGAUCCUUACAUCCUCGCAACGCGACAGUCGGCACAUACAGGGAGUAGCGAGUGGAUGGGACGUUGAGUUGGCAGAUAAGCCAAGCUGAAUACCAUCCCCAGUGUCACAGCAUCGGAUGCUCUCUUAGUUCUGAGAACAGUUGUAUACUAAUCCACAGAAAAUGAGGGAGCUCUCUGCAAGAUUUCCACCCGUAUUUGCCUCGGGAAAAUCAACAGCGGGUAACAGAGGAGACCAGUAUGGCAGACCCCACAGGUCUUACAGACCCACACAUGCUUACGGGUCCUCUCCAGUUCGCCUAUUCCAGUUACCAAACAAACGUGCCCCUGUAUCGAAAUUACCGACCAAGGCAGUGGAGGACAUGGCGGCAUCUCGCUCCAAAAGUGCGAUGUUGUCUCGAAGAGAGAAAAUAGCGACUCCGAAGCGAGAUGUACAGUCCGCUUGCGAGGUCAGACAGACUCCGGCGCCUGCAGAGGUGAUGCCCAGUGUUCACACUCCCUCGUCAUACAGUCCAGAAGGAUAUCGCCACAACGACAGAACAUCCUCACCGAGUCCGGAGGAAUUUGAACAGAGAUAUCAAGAAUCGCUGAGAAUUCAUGGUUGGCGGGCUGAAGUGCAUGGAAGUCCUUUAAAACCAGUCUAUAAGGGACCUAAAAUUUCAACAGAGGUGAAAUCACUUAUUGCCAGAAAACCGCCACCAUUCCAGUUCCAUUUCCGGAACGACAACACUUACUUCUACCAUACGAUACCACCCAAACUGAACAGCUAUGUUAUUCACCCAAACUUCUUCUCGGAAAGGAUUGCCGAAAGGCAGAUUGCCCAUUACAAAAAGCCAAUAGAAUACGUCUGGGCGUGACGGCUGACACAGGACUUUUUAUUUAUAUAACAGUAGAGUGAGACAUGAUCUUCAUUUCUGCGCUGACUUGGUUGAAUCAGCGCGUUACUUGGCGUCGUGGCAGAAAUGAGGAUAAAAAAAUCUCACAUUAGACCCAGGUAGUCAAUAGCUGGUUAGCAAAUAAACAUUGACCCUGGCUUCGUUGUUGCUCCCGUAUGGUCUUAUUACUGGUAGACCUGCUGGGUUUUGGAUUCAAGGGCAAUUAUAUCAUCUGUCCAAAUAAGCUUGUAACCGCUAUGUCCCGAAAGCUACAUACUUACAUGUGAAGAAAUUCUAAGAAUUAAGCGACAGCAAUUUAUCAAUUGAAAAAGCUAGCAUGUUGAGAGCAAAGGAUGAUGGGUAUUUAAGUGAACACCGAAAAAAAAAACAGGUGUGUUUAUGUCUCUUGUAACCAUGUAGAUGAAUGUGUAAUGCUUGAAACUAACUUGGAGUUGAUGCGGGUCUUCAACCAGAUUAAUAUUCUUUUGAUUGUAACCUCCAAGUGCCACUGACAAUCAUCACAAUGAUAUGGAGUCAUAUAUACAUUUAAAUGUCAAUAUCGUGUUUUUUCUAGUUUUUCUAUUAAUCAACAUUAUUUGGAAGAGUUAUAGAUAGCAACUUUUUUCGACAAUCAAAAAAAAAUUUCAGGAAUUUAUACAUAUUAUUCUGAACAGUUCAGACUGAUUAUUCCAGCGCCUUGUGUACUGAUAAAUAAUAUUACUUGACUCAGAUAUAACACAGCUGCUAAAAAUAUACCAUCGACAAUCAGUUAUAAGUUGUGGAGUGAUUUACAAAUCAAGUCAUAGAGCAGUACUGUACAUCCUUUUUAUUGCUCAAGUUUUUAUACUGAAAAUUAAGACAUUAAAGUCACAAUCAAAUAAACCUCGUGUACAAACUUUCACUAUAUUCUUUGUUUUCAAUUUCAUAUAUACAGAAUCCAAAAUAUGCUGCCAUCAGCAAAAACAAAUAAUGAUUUAUGGGUUUCGUAUCUCCUUAUCGCGAUUAUUCACUACACGCAAAUACUUAAUGCCUUAUAC